AUGAAUGAUUCAAAGUCAGAUACGAAACGCAAGAAUAUUUGGUCUCGAAUUCUUCUUCAACAAUAUGUGGAUGGUGUUGCAUCUUUAGGUGAUCGUGUUGAUAAAUUGGAGAAGGAAGGGUGGCGGCUACAUGAUAAAACAAGAUUGAACUCUCUGUGGGCUGAAGGCGAGUUAAUCAAAAUUCAAGCAACAGCAAUCAAAGUUCUACUUCCAGAAUCAUCACUUCCUUUGGUUCAGCCACCAUUGACUCGUGCUCACGAAAAGAAUGAAGAUAAUAUUGAAAUCCAUGGUGAAAACUCUUUUAUAGGGCAAAUUUCAAUUGUUUUCUCUACAACCGAAUGGAAAGAUGCAUUUAGUCGCACUCAUCAAAAGAUGAAAGCUGACUGGACUACAACAUUCAAUAAAAAGCUAACCAAUAACGGGACAGGUAUAACAUGUACUUUAAAAUUUAAAACUCCAUAUUUUAAGACAGGAGAAAGGAAGAAAAAUUGCCGCGAUUUCUCUUGCACUAUUACAUGUACUAUCAAAGGAUGUAAGAGAAAAUAUAUAAUGGAAUGUGAAUUUCUACCGGAUGAUAACCCAUCAGUACUGUUCCUUGUUAAAAUAUUUGGAAAACAAGAUCAUACCAAUGGGCCUAGUACUCGUAAACUGAACGGUAAAGACCGCAUGCUAGUUGGCGAGCGUGUAGAAGUUGCUGAUGAACACUUACAAGCAGCAGGCAAUUUCACUGGCUGUGAAACAAUUGAGACGAUAAAUAAGGCAGCAUACGAUUAUCGAAAGAAAAUGCACAUUGCUGAAAACAUUUAUGCAGAAUGUCGUAUUACUGAAUUCGUUUUUGAUGUAGCGGACGAAACGUCACAAGAUUGUAAAGAUGCAACUGGUGGAGUAAUUAAAAAAUUGGCUCGACAAAAGCAGAUAUUAGUUUAUGCAUUGUUAUUUAAAGAUGGUGAUGACUCUAAUGAUAAUAUUCCACUGGCACAUGCAAUGUUAGCAGACAAUAGAGUGCCAAGCAUUAGUAGUUGUUUUAAAUAUUUACGUUACAGUAUCUACCAAGUUAGAAACGUCGAUAUUCUUCCAUCCUUUUAUGUUAUUGAUUUUUCUGCUGCUCUUAUGAAUGCUAUUCUCGAAGGAUUUAUCGUUGAAACUAUUAAUGCUCAUCUUAAACGAUGUUGGAAUGUUUUACAUGGUCAACAAAUCCGAUGCUGGAUCCGAUCGGAUCUUACCGGAUCCGAUCAUCCGACAAAAUCCGAUCGGAUUCCGGGAAACGGAAUUGCAUUGGAAUCCGACUAG